CCGAGAUAUACCUUCCAGCGCCUCGAAUAUCGCCUGCGCCAUCUUGAAGCCGAGGCAGCCACAGCAGAAGAACCUAAACGGGCAUUAUGGGAAGACGAGGGAGGGACGCUCCGCCGCUAGGGGGAGCGCGAGGCGAUGAGUCGAGUUGUUUCCCCGGAUUGACCGGCUGCUAGAUCGCAAGUGUCAAGGCUGAGGCGAUGGGCGAUCAGACGAUUCUCAAGACUUUGCUCUACACCAUCAAUUCUCUCUUGCAGCAGCGGAGAUAUCAGACCACGCUGGCGGUGCUGAAGGGCUUCCGCAACGGAGCGGUUUAUGGAGCCAAAGUCCGCGCCCCUCAUGCUUUGGUAAUGACAUUUCUCUUCAAAAGCGGAAGCCUAAAGGAAAAAUUGAAAGCAAUUCUUCAAGCUACCUAUACUCAUUCCAGAAACCUGGCCUAUUUUGUAUUCACUUAUAAGGGUUUAAUGGCCAUGCAGUCACGAAUGCAAGGAAAGAAGGUUCCAUUUCAGUCUUUCCUCGCAGCCUUCAUUGGGGGCUGGUUAGUGUUUGGGGAAAAUAAUAAUAUUAACAGCCAGAUAAAUAUGUAUCUAUUAUCUCGUAUCCUGUUUGGCUUAUCUCGAUUGGCAGUAGAGAAGGGUUAUAUCCCACAGCCCAAACAAGAUCCCUUCCCACUUUUUGCUGCUGUGGUUUGGGGGAUUGUUCUUUGGCUCUUUGAGUAUCACCGGCACACUCUACAACCAUCACUACAAUCAUCCAUGACCUACCUAUAUGACGACAGUAAUGUUUGGCAUGAUGUUUCUGACUUCCUUGUACAUAAUAAAAGAUCUACUACCAAAUAAUCUUUACAACUAUUUGGAUAAUAGCACAUUCCAAUGGCAGUUAAAAAGAUGUAUAUCUGAACAUCCUUCGCGAUACUGAACAUUUAUUUAUAUUAACAUUGGAUAUGAAUGUCUACUUGAAGUCUGUCCACAAUGUUUGGUAUAGAUUGCUGAUUUCUAUUGGUUAGAGCUUGAAACAGAAUAUUUUAUAAGCAAAAUAUUUUCUUCCUUUUUUCUUCAAGAUACCCAGCUUCCCCUUCUAUGCUAUCAGCUGAGGGAAAUAUCUCUUUUAACUGUUUUAAAAUCAAGAAAUAUGAAUUAAAUGUUAAAAGUUAAGGAUCAGAUGACGCAAGUAACUUUUGCAACUAGGUGCACAAUGUCAUCUACAAUUUCUUCAGCAACAAACAAAUUUCUUCAGCAAACAAAUUUUCUGCACGAUGGAUAUCAUUUGAUAAUGAUCUUGGUCUAUAGUUAUGGUACGUGGAAGUGUUAUGGCUUAUGUUUUGUUUAUCCAUACCUCUUUUCUAGAUUGUAGGGGCAGAUAACAUAUCAAACAAAUUUUAAAGAUGCUUUUUUAAAAAAAAUAUGGAUUUUUAAAAAUUCAAUUGCAUAAAUAUGACACAAAAAAUGGGUUUUUUUAAAGUACACCAUCUUAAAAAAUGCUUAAGAUUUAGUAAUGUUAACAAAUAGAGAAAAAUUAGGUUUUAUUUCUUGGAUUUCUAAAAUGAAAGAAGAGAGCAGAGAGAAUGGUGAACAUAGGAAGAGUGUCAAAUAGGUUAUUCUUGUUGUGAAAUCCUGUGUUAUGAUGUGUGUGCAGGGGGGGCGGGGGACAAGAGUGUGAAUACUAAAAAAACUUUUCCUUGAUUGAAGCUCUACCAGAUAGAAAAUGAUGCAAUCAUGCAUACUCUGAUCAUACAGUCAACAGGUAGAAUUCUGCCUAGCAAUCCACCAAAGUGCCAGAUGGAGUAUUAGAUUUUAUCCCAUUCUUUUAUUAAUGAAUACAGAUAACUGUGUAUUGCAUUUUUUGAAAUUUAUUUAUUAUUAAACAAUUUUAUAUGAUCACCUGACUCACACUGAUUCCAGGCAGUGUAUAACUUUAAAAAUCUACAUUUUUUUAUUUAAAGAAAACCACCCUAGUGCAGCAGCAACAAAAUCAGACAAACCAUUUACUGAUUCAGAAUGGGGUCCCCAAGCCCUCUGACAAAACCAUGUCUUCAAGACCUUGUGGAAAAACAUCAGGGUAGAGGCCAAUCUUAUCUCUGGAGGAAAGAUGUUCCAAAUAUUUAUAAACCAAUCAUGUGAACUGACUAAAGCUAGUCUUUCUGGGUCUUUUCCAAUCUUGUACAGAUGCACAUAAAAUCAAUGUGAAUUUCUUAUUUUAAAAGAACAAAAAAGAGAUGAAAUGGAAGAUCUUGCAAAAUGUAUUUGCAUAGCAAGCAUAGCUCUUCCUAAAAUGUUAAUUUCUUUUCGUAAUUUCAUCUCUUUGUGUCAGGGUUGUUAAACUCACGGCCCCUAGGCAAGAUGUGUCACACAUUGGCCUUACCCACCCCUGGUUUAGCAAAGGGGAAAAAAGUUGUGUUAUGUCACAUGACGUGUCAUCACAAGUUUGGCACACCUGUGUCAUGAAUACUACACUAGGUGGCCUCAUAAACUGCACGUACACACACACUACUGCUGCUGCUAAAAAGCUAGGUUUAUAAAUUAAAAUGUCUGCUAUCCUAAUCUCAUUUUAGAGUAAUCACUUUUAAUACAAUGAGUAUAGUGAAAAAUCUGUUUUUAAACACCUUUACACAAAUUGAAGCAGCUUUUUUUAAUUGAAGAAAAACAAAUGUACUUUUGUAUGUGCUGGAGUCUUAUUUGAAACAGGAUGCUUUAACCUUGGUUAAAGAUACAAAACAAGACUGAUUAUAAGACAUUAAAAUUGCUGUUGUAUUGAGUUUUUAUUUAUCAUUGAAAACUUGCUUGUAAGUUUUGUAUUUAAUUUAUAGGACCACAAUAUUACUGUGGCUUGUUAAUUCUUUUAUCACAUGUCUUUACCUUGCUUGUUUGAUAUAUUUGUUAUCUUGCAACAUUAAGUGUCUGUUCUCAUCAAAUAAUCUGUGGAAAUCUAUUGCCUUCUUUCUGAAUUCAUCUCAUACAAAUGUUUGAAAGCCACUAUGCCAAAAUCACUAUCACAUCUUGUUUCAUGUUCAAAGGAAUAAAUACCAUUCUGCUUCAGAAUAUUAUUGAUAUUUUGGGCAACGUCUGCCCUAAGCUUUUAUUGGUUCUCUUUUCACAUCAUUGCUUUCAUGCAGUGACACCUUCUGCUGCCUUCUCCCUAAACAAUGGGCAGUAUUUCUUCUAAAUUCUUCUAAAAGUUGAAGGAUCAGUAUAUUUUUAACCAGUACUUCAAAUAGAUUUUAGAUUUUUCUGUGUUUCUUUUGGUCUGCAGUCAUCAAACUGAGCUUUUUUUUUUUUAAGCAUAUUGUUUAAGACCCUGUCUGAACUCACACAAAGCACAGGACUGUAAAGCAAAUCAUAUGUGAUCACUCCACUACUGUUCCUAUAGCUUAUAGAUGAGGAUGAAUCCCUUCUGCCACUAAUGUGACUGAACAAUGCUGGUGUGUACUAGGGAAGUGAACUAGAAAUAAUGGGUCGGUCCAAAGACUCUUGGAUACAUAAGUUCCAUUCCUCACUCUUUCAAAUUGUAUUGUUUAGCAAGCUAAGUAUUCUGUUUGGUUUUCAUGCUAAUAAGAAAGAAACACAAAAAGAAUAAGGCGACUGUUUGGAAAUCCAGCUCCCAGGCCGCCUGUCCCAUCAAAAUUAACCAAGUACCAAUUAUCUCAGCCCUGAAGAUCAAAACAGAUGCAUAUGUGAAUUGUGUUAAAAGCAGUUCAGCGAAGGUUUUACAUUGAGAACAUUUUAACAGGAGAACUGGAUUCCUGAUCUAAGAAAAAAAUCUAUCCUUACUUAAUAUGCCAUGAUUUUAUUAGGCCUGAAAAAUAUUUCCAAGAAAAUAAUAUAAAAAAGUAUCUGCUAUAUUGAUAUUAUAUAAAUUGAGUGAAUUAUUUAUACUAUUUAAACUGAAUGAAAUAGAUCUAGAAAUUCUGUUGAAGCAGCUUUUAAAAAAACAAAAUAGAAAAUGAAGGAGAUUGAAAUAAGUCAUUAUCCUAAUUUGAAUAGGAAAAGUACAAUGUCCUAGAUAAUUCAAAAGUACUCCACAAUAAGGUUUUCCCCAUCAAUGUUUACACUUAACUAUCUAUAAACACUAUUUAACAUAAGCUCCCUGAUGUGAAGGUUUGUGAAUCUUAAUUGAUAUUGUAGGUGCAGAGUCUCAAAUAGUAUUAACUAAUGGAACAUAUUUAACAGUAUAAAGAAUGUAUAAGUACUUUUUUGUUAAUAUAGGAACUUUUCUGUGGGUGUUAUGGAAGUUUCUCCCUAGAUUCUUUUUAACACUUCAUAUUGGCAACAGCAAAUGGCCAUUUUAUGUGUAUUCCUGAAUUUAGACGUUUUGGAAAAUAGCCAUGUGUUUUUUAUGAUAAUAGAUUUCCCCCAUUCACUGGAAAAGUCUCUAUUCUGUUUUUUGUUCCCUGUUUUCAUAUGGGUAGAUACAAAGGUAUUUUUAAAAUAUAAUUUCCAAUAUAGGCUUUUUUAAGCUGUUGUAAGCUAAUCAUAUUUUUAUAUGUAAGAAAUAUUAAAUGGCUGUACAGUACAAGUAGUCCUCAAUUUACGGUUACAAUUGAGCCCAGAAGUUAAGCUGCUGAGAAAUUUGUUGAGUUUUGCCCCAUUUUACAACUUUUCUUGCCACAUAUGUUAAGUGAAUCACUGCAGUUCUUUAAAUUAGUAACAUGGUUGUUAAGUGAAUCUGGUUUCCCCAUUGACUUUGUUUGUCAGAUGGUUGCAAAAGGGGAUCACAUGACCUCGGGACACUGCAACCAUCAUAAAUGUAAGCCAGUUGUCAAGUAUCUGAAUGAAUCAUGUGAUCAUGGGGAUGCUGCAAUGGUCAUAAGUGCGAAAAAUGGUCAUAAGUCACUUUUUUGGGGGAGAGGAGAAAUCUUAAGUUUUAUUGAAAUGCAUAUUUAAAAAACAUGUUAUACAUCAAGUUACAUAAAAUCUGGUUUGUUUGAUUUUGGUUUAGUGCAAUGGGUGAAUAUGACCACUGUGGUUUAUAAAUAUGAGGUAUGGUCUAAUGCUUGGCAAUUUUAAGAUGUGUAGAUUUUAACUUAUGGCUGGCUUAGAAAUUCUAUACAGAUAGUCCUUGACUUAAGACCAUAAUUGGGAAACGAAUUUUCAUUACUAAGCAUGUUGAUUGUAAGCCACUUAAAGUUGCCACUAAGCAAGAUGGGUAACACAGAAGUUUAAUAAAUAAAUAAAUUAAGCAAGCAAGCAAGCCAGUUGUUAAAUGAGUGACACCCAAUUUUAUAAUCUUUUUUGCCACAAUUAAGUGAAUCACUGCAGUUGUUAAAUGAAUCACACUGCUGUUAAGCAAAUUCAACUUCCCCCAUUGACUUUGUCAGAAGCCAACUGGGAAGAUCAUGGGACCCCACAGACAAUGCAACUGCUAUAAAUAACUGCCAAUUGCCAAGCGACUGAAUUUUGAGCACGCGACUGUGGGGAUGCUGCAACGAUCAUAAGUGAAGACUGGUCAUAAGCUGUUGUAACUUCAAAUGGUUGCUAAUUGAAUUAAGGUUAAGAAAUACUGGUCUAAUGCAAUAUGUAAGGACUUGUUCAGCUUGCUUAAGAAGAAAGACUUAAUGUAGGUUUAAUCAGUGUAAUAGAACAAUAAGUUAAAUGGUACCUUUGUUUGAUAUCAGAGUGGUGUGUAUUAAAUAUAAAUUAUUUGCUUUAAA